GCUCUCUCGCCACCAUUAAUACCUUUGCUCUCUCGCCCUUUCCCGACUUUUGACACAGGGUUUGUUGAAUACAGUGAAACUGAAGUCAACUUUGCAGCCUGUCACCAUGGCGCUUCAGGCCACGGCUCUGGUCACUUCUAAAUGGCUCGCUCGGGCCGUGAAGGUCCAGGGAAAGAUGCGCGUCUUGGACACUUCGUGGUAUUUACCCAAACUGCGGCGAAAUGCCAAGAGCGAGUUCAAGAGGAAGCACGUCCCGGGAGCAGCUUUCUUUGACAUAGACCAGUGCUGUGAUAAAACCUCUCCUCUGGACCACAUGCUGCCGUCAGAGGAAUAUUUUGCGGAUUAUGUCGGGAAACUGGGGAUCGAGAACGACACGCACGUCGUCGUCUACGACUGCAGCGAGUUCGGGGCGUUCUCGGCGCCCCGUGUGUGGUGGAUGUUCCGGGUAUUCGGGCACAGUGGGGUCUCUUUACUCAACGGGGGGCUCAGGAACUGGGAGCUGGAGGGUCUACCUAUGAGUGACCGGUAUGUCAGACCCACGCCGACCGAAUUCAAAGCAUCUCUGAACCACUCGUGGAUAAAGACGUAUGAGGAUAUCCUGGAUAACCUGGACACCAAGAAGUUCCAGGUGGUGGAUGCCAGGCCCACAGGCAGGUUCAGAGGCCUGGAUCCUGAACCCAGAGACAACACAGAGCCAGGCCACAUCCCCGGUUCCAUCAGCAUUCCCUUCCACUCCUUCCUGUCACCUUCUGGCCACUUCCUUCCAAAGGAAAAACUCCAGGCUCUGUUCGCCCGUGCCGGUGUGGACCUCGACCGCCCUCUUUGCGUCUUGUGUGGCUCUGCAGUGACUGCGUGCCAUGUGGCGCUGGGGGCCCACGAGUGCGGACACCCGGGGGUGUCGGUGUACGACGGUGGGUGGUCGGAGUGGUACACCCGCGCCGUGCCCGAGCAUGUCCUAUCUGAAGGCAGAGGGAAACACUUGUGACAACAGGAGCCACAACAAGAUCAGAACGGGACUCGAUCACAAGAAACUCGUGUUGUUGUUUAGUAGGGUGUAAAGAAGUAGUUUGGCCAGUUGGGAUUUAUGACUUCCUCCUAUGAUGCCGCAGACAGAAGCAAGUUAGUAAAAUUUCCCAGGAUGUCCAGGGGUUCCUUUACCAAUAAUGCAUGAGUGGGGAUUUUUUAGUUAUUCAUCCAUUAUAUACUGAUAGAUGAUACAUGAUUAAAGUCAACAAUAUGUGGACACUAAACUGGACUUAAUCAGUUUUUUGCAGCUCUCCACCUGUUGGCAGCUCACAGACUCAAAGACCUAACCUUUGUAAUCUUGUCUGUUUGUUAAAAUAAAUAUGAAGAUAUUCACUGAGUCUGUAACUGUUUUAAAAAGGACAGAAAACUGAGGAAGAGUUGAGGCCACUUUGGUCGGCUCUUAGAAACAUGCAGUUUGAUCGAUGGACUUUUGACCUUUUAGUCUGAUUAGAGCCAAGGAGGGUGUUUUUCUUUUUUUCCCUUUCAAAAUAAGAUGUCCCCCAGUGAAACAACAGGUUUGUGUCUACUAAAUAAACUAAAAUAAUAUGUC